UACAUGGGAGCGAUGGUGUAUUAGACUGCGGAAACUGCUCUCUGUCCAGGGAAGUGCUUCAGCUGCCUGCAGCCUCUCCCCUAGAUACAUCCAGCGUGUACUCGCGCGUGCGUCUGACCCCUGACCCCGGCUACUACACCAGCUAUCCCACGGCUCGUGUAUAAAAGCAAGGGUUUACCCAACAGUAACAACGAAAAACAAUCUAGUCUGGAGCGCUCACAUCCCUGUGAUCCCAAAAUGAUACUAGGUGUCCUCGCAGUGUGGGGAAUAUGCCUGUUCCAAGGGACGCUGCAGAUGAACUACCAUCAGGCUAUGCGGCUGUCCAGGGUCACGAACAUCACAGAGCUGUUUCGGACAGUCGACAUGAAGAUGAAUGGGCGCAGAGUCGAACUGGAGGAAGUAUUGCCAAACAUAGGAAGUUCGGAUGGCCGGGUGUACGUAUCUGCUGGAGCAGCGGAGUUCGCCUUCCCUGACGAGUGUUCCCCACGUCUCAUGACCGUGGAUAUCCCCAGGGACCCGACCCACGACGUCAACGUGAUGACGUGGCCUACGUGUACACGUGUUAGACGCUGCGGAGGUUGUUGUGCUAACAACAUGCUGCAUUGUGUACCCCUUGUUAUCAGGCCCAAACGAAUCACGGUGUUGAAGACACUGCUGUACGACUCCAACCAGCCCGAUCUUCUGAUGGAAUGGGACGGCACGCAGGAAGUUACAGUAGAUGAACAUCUGGAAUGUGACGUGACAUGCCGGCUGACCGCCGACGACUGUAACAAGAGACAGCGGUUCGACUCCUUCGAAUGUUCAUGCACCUGCAGACGCCAUCGUAGCUGCUACCCCUACCAACGAUGGGACAUAGAGACGUGCGAAUGUGUGUGCAUUGAACCAGAACGGCAGUGUGAGGCUGGCUUAACCUACAGCCCACAGACAUGCAGCUGCAUCAUCAACAGAUUCCAGCAAUAUUCUAAUCUUGAAACGGAUGAUGACAGUUCGGAAAAUGCAAACCCUGUUAACACGACUCUGUUGACGAACGCCACAUCAUCAGCACCAACGACACCACCACCAACAACAACUACUACUACGAUGGCUCCGACGACGGUCGAUCCUUGCGCUACUCAGUUUUGUCCGCCCGGAUUCCUACGGAACCCCAACGGGAACGGUGGAUGUGUCUGCACACCAAACUUUACUUUCAACAGAAAAUAAUCUCCGAUCUAGAUGGUGACACGCCUGUUUUUCUUACUGUUAAUAGAGGGGGAAACGAAGGGUAUUGUACCAACAUAUGGAUUAACGAAGCAGCCCUAAAAUCGAGAACCAUUGACAUUGUGUUGCCAUGACGUAUUUUUGCGUGGGAUGUUUUUCGUUCCAUUAUCGUAUGAUAAACGUACCAGCGUCAAGUUAAGCCACAUUGAUAAAUCAAACAAGCUUUAUCUGUCAGAGAGAAGUUGCGCACCGAUACAUCUCAGAUUUAACGGGUACUAACGAGCCCUGAUAUUUGAACGCCCAAACUGAAUGUACCUCUUUACAAUGACAAGUUCCACCCUGCAAAUAUCAAAAUAUAAGACUUUAAGGGCUUUCUCAAAUCAAGGGAGGUAAUAAGCAGAUAGGGCCAACCAACUCUGGCUGUUCUGAACUAAGGAAGAGAUAUCGAGCAGAAAAUCCCGAAGGUAUGCCACAAUAUUACGCGUGAUUCAGCAACCGAUAAACACACAAAAAACGUAUUAUGUAAUCGGGUCACAAACAUUGUAAUAUUAUGUUUUAUUCAAAAUUCAAAGGCAGCUGGAAUUUUAGUAUUAGGUCCUGAUUGUAUCAUGCGUUCAUGGUUAUCAAGAGCGGAUUUCGGCGGUUGUUUAUGAGCAGGAAGUGUUCUAUGGUGCUGACAAACUGGCGACAAGUUUCCCUGAAACGCACAUAUUCUUUCGUUUAUGUAACCUUGUUUACGUUUGACAAGACUGUUGUGGCAUUGUUACUAUACAUUAAAUUAUCGUGUAUUUUAUAUUCGACUUAUUUUCUUCUUUAUAUGUGUAUGUAUUGGUGUUUUUAGUGCAUGGAUAAAUAUGCAUUAACAUUAAAACAUGAAUCAAC